AUGGUUACCCAGGCUCUCACGGCGGAAAGCUAUCCCCCAGAUGUUGACGGCCCCGAGAGGGAGAGGCUUGUCGAGGUCAUCAAAGACUGGUCCAUCGCCAACGGGCUCGCCGUCCGCCCACCACCGUCGCUGGUGUCUGCCGAGACAGAUCCAGAAGGUGUGCUGGCUACUCAUGUCCCCGUGACCUUGUUUCCCAGCCCGUUUCCGCAGGUCUGCUUCGACCAGGCGAAGGGGGUGCAGACGGCAUACAACGAGCUGUAUGCCAAAGUCAGCCAGGAUGAGGGCUUUCUAGCCGACAUGGUCAAGGAGGUUGCAGAUGGAGACGACUUCAUUGGGAAUUUGUGGAAGGUUCACUCCAGAGUCAAGGAAGAAGGCUACAGCCUCUCUUUGGGACUGUUCCGCUCCGAUUACAUGGUUCACAAGGACACGGCUGACCCGUCAUCGAUGCCCAAGGUCAAGCAAGUCGAGUUCAACACAAUUGCUUCUUCUUUCGGAGGACUAUCGUCUUCAACUUGUUCACUCCAUAAAUUCCUCGCCGACACCGAGUACUCGUCCCUCAAGCAGCCAGGGGCGCACAGCAGCCUGAACCUCCCCAGCAGCGACAGCGUCGAGGGCUUAGCAGGUGGCAUGAGGGCAGCCUUCAAAGCAUACCCAAAGUCAGAGCUCGGCCUCGAGACCUGCAUCAUCUUCCUCGUGCAAGACGGCGAGCGCAACGUCUUUGACCAGCGGCACCUCGAAUACGCCCUGCAGAGGUCCUCCCCGCAGCGGAUCCCCGUCUUCCGCCUCCCCUUCAGCGAGACCCUCCAGCGCACGCGCAUAGCCGACACGCCGGGCCGCCAGCUCCUCUACCGGCUGCCCAGCAACCCGGACAAGGAGUUCGAGGUCGCCGUCGUCUACCUGCGCGCGGGCUACGGCCCGUCCGACUACCCGGACGCGAAGGCCUGGGACGCGCGGUACCACCUCGAGCGCUCGGGCGCCAUCAAGUGCCCGACGGUGCUCACGCAGCUCGCGGGCGCCAAGAAGGUGCAACAGGUGCUUGCGACGCCCCCCGUAGGCCCCUCGUCCGCGGGCCACGGGCUGAGCCGCUUCGUGCCGGAGGACUCGAAGGCUUGGAAGGACCUCUGGGCGACCUUCACCAACAUCUUUCCCAUGGACGACGGCGAGGCGGGGCUCGCCGCGCGGAAGCUGGCGCUCGACCCGGAGGAGUGCAAGCGCUACGUGCUCAAGCCGCAGCGCGAGGGCGGCGGCAACAACUGCUACAGGGCCGCCAUCCCGCCGUUCCUGAAGGGCCUGCCCGAGGCGCACUGGAAGUCGUACAUCCUCAUGGAGCUCAUCACACCGCCGCCGGUGAGCAAUAUCAUCCUUCGGAAUGGGAAGCUCGAGCAGGGCGGGGUCAUCUGCGAGUUGGGCAUCUACGGCAGCUGCGUCUGGGACCAGGGCACGGGGAAGAUCCUGCACAAUGAGGAGGCGGGGUACCUGUUGAGGACCAAGGGAGAUCAGAGCGAAGAAGGAGGUGUCGCGGCCGGUUUUGGUUGUAUGGACUCUUGCAGUCUGGUUUAG